GCUAAAUUCUACCUAGGUGAUGUUGGUUUGUGCCUUCUUGCCUUGUUUAACACUUACUCCAAUCCUCGAGAACAUGAAAUAUUAUAUAUACUCCGAGUUCUCCAAGUAUUCAUUAUCCAACAAUUCAAGAAUCAUUUCAUGACAGCACAAUGGGUAAACCUUCCCAUAAACAAACGCCGUUACCGUGCAGCAAAUGCGAUCGCGAUUUUUCACGUAAACCAGACCUCGACAGACAUAUGAGAGAGGUACACGAGCUGCAGAAAUUUCCCUGUACCUAUCAGAAUUGUCCUUAUACCGCGAGUCGUCCAGAAAGGACAAGGAGGCACCGUGAGAGGAAUCAUCCUGAUUAUAUUGAGAGCAAAUGUAUGGCUAUCAAAUUACGAGAAUACUUGUUUACUGACACCAAUGUAGACCCCAUGCCCCAGCAGAAUAACCAGGUUGACAUGAGUACCGCAGCCCAAAGUACCAAACCUCCAGUUGUGGAUGAUGUAUACUAAUAUCUUUGUAGCCCAAGGACCACCAGGAAACGCAAACUACCAAGUUUCUAUGCCGGAAUACCAUUCUUCUUAUGCGACUGAUCCCAACCAAACAUUUACUGUCGGCACAGUGGGUUGGAACAACGCUGCGGAAAGCAUCAAUCCAUAUACAACAUCGAUUGCUCAACACCAACAAACGUCAUUUCCAAGCCCUGAUCCAUCCAUGCAAUCAAAUUAUCAGAGCAGCUCAUCCGAUGCAUCUUAUAACAAUGAUUGGAGUUAUGGGGAGGUAGCCCCUCAAGAAGGGUAUCAGCCGUGGGAUAAUACGACGGUAUGGCAGAAUGGUCACUAAGGAUUGCCCUUGGUUUCGUUGAGUUUCUUUUGCGCAACUCACAUGAUUAUUUUACAUGGAAACCGAAGAUUGUGGAAUCUUGCUGGAGGUCCUAGGAUACUGUCCUUUACUGGAACUCUUUUCAUUCGAUUUUGUAUAUUAGAUUUUCUGCUUCUUUCCAGUCUCUCUUCUCUAUCAGCAGCG